AUGACGAUGAGACAAGAGAGCAGAAGACAAGAAUCGUCUGGGUCCCACUGGCCUGAAGGAGCAGGAGUAGUCCUCGGGUUCUUGCUUGGAGCCACAGCAACCUGCGCAGCCCUUUUGGAGCAUACAUUUCCAAGUAUAGGGAGGAGAGAUGACAAGGCUGCGGCUGGAACUACCGCCGGAGGAAAGAUGGGCGAAGUAACGAGUCAAGUUUCUUCUAAAGGAGAAAUGGGCGAAUGGACGAGUGCAUGAAAGAAUUGCCUUCAAAAUUCGAGAGGGCCAUGAGGAUGGCAGAUCCUAUACCAUCAAAAUCAAGAGCGUUAUGGUAACGUCAAGUGACGUUUUCAAGAAUUUCGGAGUCUCAUGACCUGGAAGAAUUUAGAUCGAUGUGACUCAAGAAAGCACAAAAUUGCUCGAGCAAUCUGACAGAUAAUAACUCCGAUAUAUUCACGCA